GAAAGUGAAGCACGAUAUAAAAGCAGUUAACAGGUAUCCUGAAAAUUCAUAUGAGGAUGUGCAUCGGAUGAGUUUAGAAAUUUUGGAAGAGUUCGAAAAAACCAUUCCCUCAGGGAAUGAUCAGAGUCAUGUGACUUCAGUUAAGCCAGAUCUCGAAGUAUCCAUGGAGCAAGAUGAUGAGCAGGAAUCGCUAGAUAAAAAUCAAAUCAUAGAACAGGGUCUAAUACAAGAGCUGUGUGGUACCUUUGACACCUGUUCACCCAUAUCCAGUGAUGACAAUAUCAGCUCUACCAAUACUAAGUCCUCUUGCAAUGGAUCAGAGAAUAUGAUUUUGGGUUCUGCCCAACACUUGUCCUAUCUAUUUGAUACAGCAAUAAAGUCUGGUCAGCAGGAAAUCUUAGACUGGUAUAAUUAUUCACUUGAAUUCGAGAGCAGGGUAAAUGCUCUUACUGCUGAUGGUAGAAUCAAAGAUAAAACGGCAAGAUCAAAGAUUUACAAGGAAAUGAAACCAUUUCUCCCUGCUAAAAUCACACAAGAUAACUUGCGCAAGAAAACUCUUAGGGCUAGAAAACACCUCACGUUAUUUGGAAAAAAUGGAGUUGGGAUAGACAAAAUCAAGUUGGUCUCAUAUAGCGCAACUGAGAUUUCGAAACUAAUUUAUUAAAUGUGAACAGCGUGAAAUUGAGAUAGUUGC